UGAUUCUUCCAGAGAUAGAAGUGACGCUGGGAUCCGAUGGCCUUGGCUGGUCCAUCUGAGGCCUGUAGGGGACAGAAGGGGACCACACAGGGUGAGAGAGGCUCCUGCCAACUCCAGCAGAGUAGGAUUUGGGGUUAGCACAGGCCUGGGCUGCUGUCUUAGUAGAGGGUCCAGCCAGAGUUGUACACCCACACAAGGCACUGUGCUGUGUGCCAGGCACCAUCCCUUGACGGGUGGCGGCCACCUCCACCCUCACAAUUCUGUCCUCAGCUGCAGUGUGGCCCUGCCCUGCCCAUGGGCGGUUGCUGUGCAGCAUGAGGGGAGCUGCCUGCUCUGGAGCUGUGUUGGCACCUGGGCUGGUUUCCAGACAAGGCUUCAGAGCCCAGGCUGGGUGCAGUGGUGGGAAGGCAGUGCCCGCACCUGGGGUGUAGGCUGCCCUGCCAGCCACUGCUGCCAGCUCCUCUGCUUGGCUGUGGCCUUGGGCCAGGAGGUUCAUGGCUGUUGGGUUUCUUGGGAAGGUUGACAACCCAGGGUGCAGCCUGCCCCGUCCUUCAGAGGCUGUUUACCUCUGACUGGUACCUGAGGGGCAGCAGUUUGUGGGGCUGUAUGAGCCUUCCGUGAUCCAGCUGUGCUGAAGGAAAUCAUGGGGCUUUUCCCUGCUCCCUGGUACUCUGUCUUCCCAGAGAUGUGGGGGCCCUGGGUGGAUACACCAGGGUCACACAGGAGGGGCCCGUGCCCCCCACAAACCCUUGGAGGGUGGGUUAUGGUGCAGUACAGGUUGUGGGCAGAUGUCCUGUGGGCAGAUGCGCAGUGCCAAGGGCAGCAGGAACCAGAGUGGCAGCCAGGGAAGGAGGGAGUGCCUUGGGGUGGGGGCUGCAUACCAGGACCCCAGGCCCCAGAAGGACCCUUCGGCAGAAGGUUUCUCUCCAUUGUGUGGGUGGAUGGUGGGGUAUGAAAGCUGAGUGGCCCUUCCUUGACGGCCUGUGGGAUGGGAUUGGUGUGCACUGCUGUGUGGCUUCUGCCCAUCUGGGGCUUGGAGAGAGUACCUCCACGGUGGCCCCUCUGCCCAGCAAUGGCCUCUCCACCCCCUGCCAGCAUGGCACAUUUGGGAAUUUCACCUAGGUAGUCCAGGGCCUCUGCUCUCACCUGUGUCCCUGGGGGUGGGGGAUUUCCAGCCUCUCCUUCUGCUCAUCCUGGGAGGGGGGCUGGGGUCCCUGUGGCAUUUGUUGCCAUUAACUUGGGGAUAGAUGAUCUCAUCAGGGCACAAUUUAACAGGCACAAAGGAGACAGAGGCCCCCCAGCCGCCUCUGGCUCUGGGUUCCUUUAGGGCAGCAUGAUAUCAGGGUCUGCAUAUAAGAAAGUGUGAGGAUGUAUGUGUCCCUCUGCCUGCACAGGAAAGGUGUGUACAUGGGUGCCUGUGCACCCCCCAUAUUUGCCAAGUGGUUGUGAGACUAUCCAGGGCCAUGCCAAGAACAGAAAUGCCCAGGGGGUCCAUCUUUCUGUUCCUGCAGGAGUUUGCUAAACCAAGCUGUUUUAGCAGUGGCCUUGGCAUGACCCUCUUCCCUGGGUUGCUGGGGGCCAGAGUUUUCCAGGAGACAGCGUGGCCAUUGAGGGGACGCACAUGUCCCUGUCCCAGCAUGGGUCUGUGUGUAGGGGACAGGGACACACGUUCACACACUAGCACAGCCUGAGCAUGCUCACGCAUCUUCCUCCCGGCCCUCCCCGCCCUUCCCCCAGAGCCCUUAUAGCCACAUCCUGCAAGGAAAAACCCCAGACUCCUGUGAACGCGGCUGAGGAUGUGCGUGGGGGCCUGUGCCCUCCUGCUUCUGGGGCUGGUGCUUAGCGCCAGGGCUGGGCACAACUGUGUCGGGGACACCUACUAUAACGGCCACAUGUGCUGUCAUGACUGCCAACCAGGUAACAGGAUGGUGAGGCGCUGCAAAGGUACGAUGGACAGUGUGUGCCGCCCAUGUAACCCUGGUUUCUACAAUGAAGCUGUCAACUAUGAGGACUGCAAGCCAUGCACAUACUGCAACCGGAAAAGCGGGAGUGAAGUGAAGCAGAAUUGCACAGCCACGCAGGACACUGUCUGCCACUGCAGGCCUGGCACCCAGCCCCUGGAUGGCUUCAAGCAUGGAGUCGACUGCACGCCAUGCCUUCCUGGCUAUUUCUCCCUGGGCAGCAAUCAGGCCUGUAGGCCAUGGACUGACUGUGCCUCGGCUGGGAAACAGACCCUGAAGCAAGGCAGCAGCAGUUCGGGUGCCAUCUGUGAGGACAGGAGUCCCCUGGCCACUCUGCUGUGGGAGACCCACGGUCCCACAGCUAGGCCCACCAAGGCCAGGCCCACCAUGAGCCAGCCCACCAUGGCCCAGCCCACCAUGUCCAAGCCCACUGCAGCCUGGCCCAGGACUUCUCAGGGACCCUUCAUGCCACCCUCAGAGGCCCCCAGGGGCCUGGUGCUGGCUGCCAUCCUGGGUCUGGGUCUGGGCCUGGGCCUGCUGGUUCCCAUGGCUGUACUACUAGUCCUUUACCUCUACCAAAAGACCUGGAUGCCACCUGGUGCCCCUAAACCCCCUGGGGGAAAAAGCUUCCGGAAGCCCAUCCAAGAAGAGCAGGCUGACGUAUACUCUACCCUGGCCAAGAUCUGAGCAGUGUGGGGGGCUUUGUGGGCAAGGUGACCCAGGAGCAGGCCGACCGCCUGCAUCCUCUGCGCCGUUCUAGGCGCUGGGCUGGCUCUGGGUGUUUCUAUGUAUGUUGUGCAUACUACCUGCCCAGAUGGUGCUCCAAUAAACGUGCUGGCAACCUCAA